AUGCCAUUUUUCGUUAAAAAGUCCUGUUGUAUAUGGUUUCUUAAAGUGGUUACGUCAAAAGAACUGCUAAAAACUAAGUUCGUUGGGUACUUUUUUUUUGAUUUAAAAGUUGGUAGCAAAAGAAUCUCGGGCUUUAGUGUCAAAAAUAGGCGGCUUCGUAAAAAUUACAAUAAAUUUGUGAAAGCAUGGAAUAAAUGCCAGAAUUUCUUCUCAGAGUAUAAAUUUCAAAAACGAUGGCGUGAACUUCUUACUGGCUUUCUGGCAGCAAAAAAAUACCUAAAGCGUGCACUUAGACAAGUUGUAACUAGCUGGGCAUUAUGCCAUACUAGUCGAUCAUUCAAUGCAGGAAUUCAGUCAAUUCAACGCAUUGAAGAUUAUAAUUCGCUAAUUAAACGAUUGGUCAAAAGUUCAGCAACAUUGUUUGAAUUGGAUACACAUAUCCAGUCACUUCUCAACAAAGAAGAAAAUUUGAACAGCAUGAACAAUCAAAUCAAAAUCCAACAGUGGAUUACCAUUGACGAAGGACAAGAUGAAAACGGUGAAGAUGAUGAAGAUUAUGAAGAUAUGAUACUCAAUUCAGAUAAGGCUAUGUUUCAUAUCGGACUCAUUCCAGAUCGAUGGUACAAUGAAAAAUUUCCCGAUUUUCAAGAAGAACCUGCAAUCGCAAUUUAUAGCGAAAAGAAUACUGUCAACCCCACCCUAUUACAUGAGAUUCACCAUACACAAGCAUUUUCGGAAACUGCCAAGCAAAAUUUAUCUCACAAAGCCAAAUAUAAUCAAGGUUUUGGCUACGUGAAAAAAGCAAUUAGACUAGCCCUUGAAAUAGGCUGUACAGACGAAUUAAAUGGAAUGUUACAAAGGUGGAUAAGAGAGAAGGAAAAUGAAACUCGUUCUAGGCAACUGGAGAUCGAUAAAGAAAAUUUACCAAAUAUUAGCAACCCUUAUCAGACGCGUAUAAAAGGUGCUCCAAGAAAGCAUAUAAAGAAUGCAUUAGAAGAUAAUCAAAAGCAAAAGUUAAGUGGAUCUGCUAGUACUCAACGAUCACAAAUUUUAAGUUACAGAAGAGUAUGGACAGAGCGCGGACAUGUCCGGGACAACCAAAAAAAGCUGCAGACAUCAAAAAUGUACAACACUGCUGUAAAGGCAUUGGACAUAAUGCACGUAGGUGCAAACUUAAAAAGAAUCUAA